CUUGAACGCUCUCAACACAAUUAUACCACGAUGUCUCAUCCUCAGCAAGCACAACUCAAGAAACUUUGCGCCAAGGGCGAGACCCUUGCAAAGGCGCAGGUAUUGCUACAUGCUGCAUCCAUGAGAACUGGACCAGGGACAGGUUACGCUCUCCGCGACGGACGCGGCUGUCUUCCUGCAAUCUGCGCGUAUAUCGCGUCUGAAGAGCUGGGCAACGCCGACGUCUCCGAAAAGGUGGCUCAAACCGCAUCCUGCCUCGCACCGAAAGACUUCAAGGCGGCCCUGAACGCCGUUCGCGCUGCGCUUGCUUCCCAGACUAGCAAUAACGUGGAAGAAAGCUCUGCACCGUUGACUUACGAGGAUUUGAUUGUGGAGAAGGGGCUCGGGCGAAAGGCUUUCAUGGCAGGCUGCAUGCGGGAUGUCGAGAAGGCACUGGUGGCGAGCCGAAUGUUGCCUAAGGAGCUUCAACUCCCAUGUGAUGUGACUAGGAUUGUUGUGUUCGGAUGGACGUGCGAGAGGCUACUCAAUAUCCGUGGGGUGCGCCGCGCGAAGCUCAUGCAGGAAUUCGAGAUUCCACGGCGGGACUACGAAGACAUCGUGGACAUGCUCGAAUCGUCCUGCCAAGCCAUCGCGCAGGACAUCAAUCGACGAGUCGCCGAGCUUGUAGACACUGUAAAAGCACUACGCCAGGCAUCUUCCGCAACCCCCAGUGGGACGACCUCUCCAACCAAGUCGCCCACCAAACCUUCUCUGAGGGAAGCGGCCGCGAGCGGCACAUUGGCCUCGCCCACGAAGGCAUCCACCCAGAAGCGCAAAGUUGCGUUUGCGAGGUUGGAUGUUGAAAUGGAUGAGCUGGACCUGUUGGACACGCCCUCGAAGCGGCAGAAGAUGACCACCUAUGCUAGCAGAAGCAAAAUCGCUCGUGAUUUGGCUUCACCCGCAUCUGACCGAAUACCAGCGCCUGCAUUCAGACCAACAAUAUUUCCCAAUGCACGGGCCUCGUCGUCAAGAGAUACUUUGGGCCUUUUAGGAGGCAGUGUAUCCAGUGCAGGAGCUCGCCAAGAGCGCGAACAGCCCGCAUCUGAAAACGUUGAUGACGAACGAGAUCAGUCCGAAGCUGCGGAAGACUACUCGCAAGUCGCUCCCUUCCCUCUUAUCCCCGCUUCAACGGCAGAUCCGCGUACUCCUAAGAGGCGGAGGCGGGAUCCACAGACGAUAGAGACACCCCGGAGUGGGACGCGCGGUCGAACUGUGCGUGCGCCGUCACCGAUUCCAGAGCCGGCGUUGCAUGCUCGCUCCCGAAGGUUCCGGCCUGUAUUCCUUGAUCAGGUCCAGUGGUUUGCUCGUGAUCCGAAGAUCGAACGGGAGUGGAAGAUGGUAGAUGGGAGGAGGGGAGUCACGGCAUGAGUGCUGUAGUUUUAGUUGACUCUCAGUUACAGUGUAUACCCUUCGCGUUUCUCUUGGUUAAUCAACAGUUAGGCAUCGAG